CUGCUCUUCCGGGGGAUUAAUUAACAGCCCAAAACAAACUCCAAUUCCUAUUCACAGAGUACAUCACGCUCCACUAACUUCUCCAACUCCAAUUCCUCGUGCAAAUUUCACCAUGACAUCCACAACCUCGACCUCAACUACAUCACCCACCACGGCCCUAAUGACCUUCUACGACAUCGCCCUCGCACCCCCCGCCCAGAAAAGCGCCUGCUCCCCAAAUCCCUGGAAAACCCGCUACGCCCUAAACUUCAAAAACACUCCCUACAAAACAACCUGGGUGCCCCUAGUCGACGUCAGCUCCGUCCGCAGCGCUCUCAAUAUCCCCGCCUCGCGCAAAUUCGCCGACGGAUCCCCCUACCACACCCUACCCGUUCUCUCCGACCCAGCCACCGGGCGCAUAGUGGGCGACUCCCUGGAAAUUGCGACAUACCUGCAGGAACAAUACCCGUCCUCGGGGGCGGGGGACUUGUUCCCGGCGCAGGAGCUGGGGUUCGUCUUUGGACGGGACUUAGGGCUUUUCGCGCCGAUUGCGGAGGCGGAGGCGGAGGGGCAUGUUGUGGCGUACGCAAGGUUUAAUACAAAUGUGGAUGCUGUGUUUAGUGCGCAUGCGCAGCUAGCGAUGCAAGAGUUUCCUUUUGAUCCUGCUACUGCGGAGGAGAACAAGGCGGAGUUCUCGCGGAGGAUUGGAGUGCCGUGGGAAGUGAUGGGGGUUAGUGGGGAGGAGAGGAGGGAGAUAUUGAGGUUGUUUGAGGAGACCCUAGGUGGGCUUGCAAAGUUGUAUAAGAGGGAUGCGAGUGGGCCGUUUCUGAUAGGGAAUAGGGCAAAUUAUGCGGAUUUUAUUGUGGGGGGAUGGUUGCGCUUCGCUCGGGGCACGUUGCCGGGGGAGGAGUGGGAAGCAUUGAAGGGGUGGCAUAGCGGUGUAUUUGGAAGGUUGCAUGAGGCGCUGGAGGUGUUUGCGCAGAUGGACUAGACCUGGAUGAAUGGGCUGGGUAAUGAAUGAUAUGAAACGGAUAGUUAGUUAACUAGUUGGUUAACUAGUUAGUUAUUGUAUCAAGAUGAAUCAUCAUUUUUAUGCAUCCAAAUUGGGUAAAGCGUGGAAAAUUUUAUGAAAAUGAGGGUC